GGUCGUCGCGAAAAGGAUAUGUGAUUAGCGAAAAUUUCGCGGAGAAUUCUGCUUGAAACAUUUUCCAUCCAGAUACGCUGGGGAAUUUUCGAGGGCAGAAUCACGUAUAGUUGUGAAGUCAUCGGUGAGGUGCUUGACAAGUUUUGCUAGUUUUUUAGUGGAAUUUAUUUUCAAAAUGGCAGCUACGAGAAGAUUGCAAAAGGAACUCGGUGACUUAAGGGCAUCGGCUAUGAAAAAUUUUACAAAUAUCCAAGUAGAUGAAUCGAAUAUUCUCACUUGGCAGGGACUCAUACUACCGGAUAAUCCUCCAUACAAUAAAGGAGCAUUUCGCAUUGAAAUCAAUUUUCCCGCAGAGUAUCCUUUUAAGCCUCCGAGAAUAAAUUUCAAAACAAAAAUAUAUCAUCCUAAUGUAGAUGAAAAGGGGCAAGUCUGCUUACCGAUUAUAAGUGGCGAAAAUUGGAAACCAGCUACAAGGACAGACCAAGUUGUACAAGCUUUGAUAGCAUUAGUGAACGAUCCAGAACCAGAACAUCCGUUGAGGGCAGAUCUUGCAGAAGAGUUUCUGAAGGAUAGGAAAAAGUUUUUAAAAAAUGCAGAGGAAUUCACAAAGAAGCAUGCAGAAAAAAGGCGGGAGUCGUCCUCUUCUAACGAAUAACCACGAAUGACUAGACGUACUCACCACGAUGCCUGCCGACCGUCAGCUAAUUUAAUUCAAGCCAAUAUAGACUUAUCUGUUACAUGAAAAACAAGUUGAGAAUACAUGUGUACAGUAUCGGUUGAUUACCGACUAUGAUACGGAUAUAUGGAAAUUGUAAUGUUUAUAAAAUGGAUUAACGAACUUUUCAGAGCAAAGUAAAUUAUAAUAAACUAACUGUAUGAUAUUGUAUACAAAGUGUAUUGGAAAUCGUUACGUGACCGCGUUUCCUACGAUUUUUAAACGGCUUGAAGAAUGUUUACCUUUUGUUUCAGUUUUCGUUAAAACGAUUUAGAAUUUAUUGUUCGCGGACUUAACGUUUUCGAACGAUGCAUUUACUGUCAACGUACUAUAUUACCGUAACUUUAACUUUCCAAUUUACAGACAACUUUGAGCUUGUCUCAAUUGAGUCUGUGAACGUAAAACAAUCGUCGUGAAUGUACAUAAAUUUGUAUUAUUAUUGAAGAUUUAUGCUGACACUGUAAACGCAUUUCGAUGUCUAACAUUGGCGAUCGUAUAACUCUUUAGCGUUGUUUUGAAAAUUUAAUUCUAUCUUUUAGCGUAAAACGUUAAUUUGUAACUCGGUAAUCUCCUAUGUAAUUACAGUUAAUGGUACUACUUUGUGUACAUGUAAUUCAUUAAUUUUGAUGUAAUGUUAAUACAUUAAAUAUUAAGAACUUC